AUGAAACCUAUUGUAUUUAGGAUUGACCCAAAUGUCCUUUCUCAAUUCGUUAAACCCACAGGACAGAAGAAAGAGGUGGCUUCCUAAAUGAGUCAAGUUUAAGAUUGCUUGAAGCAAUUGAAUAUAGAUGAUGAUGAGGAUGUGGAUUAAUUUACAAAUCAACAACCUUCACAGCCAGUCAUAAAAAAUAGGUCUAGAACACUAUAUUCGAAUGGGUCAACUCUGCCUGAAACCUUAUCUAAGCACUCAAAUCAAUAGAUUCCGGAGAUGAAUCUUUCAAUAAGUGGAUCCUCUCUGGGUUGGGAUGAAGUAUUUAGUUCGACUAUGCCAACUUCUUUCUAAAUGUUUCAAUUUAAAAAUAAAAGACGCUAUGAACCUUAGCAACAAACAACCCAAUUCUAAAUUCAAUUACAGAAUGUAAAAUAUAUAAUAAUGGGCAAGAUACCAAAAGACAAUCGUACAACCUUAAUGAUAAAGAAUAUACCAAACAAAUACUCUUAACCCCUCCUUCUCGAGGAGAUAGACUGCAAUAAUAAGAAUACUUACAAUUUCUUUUAUUUACCAAUUGACUUUACAAACAAAUGCAAUGUGGGAUAUGCAUUUAUUAAUUUCUAUGAUUCAUUAGACAUUCCAAAGUUUUACCUAGAAUUCCAUAACAAAAAGUGGAGUAAGUUUAACUCAGAGAAGAUUUGCUAAAUCACCUAUGCUAGAAUCCAAGGAGUAGAAGAAUUACAGGGUCAUUUUCAAUAUUCUACGAUAAUGUAAGAGAAGGACAGAAGAUUAAAGCCGAUUUUUAAAUAAAGUUCAGAAUAGAAGUUAAAAAGAAAAUGA